AUGAAUCGUUCACUGGCUGCAAGCCCACGUAAUGGCUAUCUGGACUCUAUCGCUGAUUCUGCAGGAUUUCCAGGCACCUCCUCACUCGAGUUGGAGGCAAUUGCUGCUGUCCAUGAACUUUCGUAUGCAGUACAGUCGAUGAGUGUUUCGGAAAUAUUACCACGAACACCGGAUUUGAUAUUCGUCAAUGUCACCACUGCAGAAGGACAGCCGUAUUGCCUGGAAUUAACGCACAAAGGGUGGCGAAUCACUUCGUUACGAACAGACUGUAUGGUCGGUGAUUUCACCCGCCUGGAUCUCUUCAUCAAAUACUACGACUCUCCCUGUGAUCUACUGAACGCCAUAUCUCCAUCAUAUCGAGAACGGUUCAAUGAGAAGGUUGCCAUGCGACUGAAAAUGGCUGAGACUGGUGACAAACACUGUGUGGCACCAUUUGGCAGCUAUGACUCAUCAUACCUUAACUACUACCUGUAUCGAAGAAGAAGUAGUUCAUCAAGCGAAGGAAGUUCACUUUCGGAUAAGGAAUCACCAGAAUCAUCGGCUUUGUCACAAGUGGAUGAACUAGAUAACGAAACUCUAUAUAAUUGA